GUCGCUGAGUUCGAAUCACACUCCGUGACCCGACUGAUAAGAUUAUUAUUGACCUUCUCAUCAUUCGAAUACUAAGAUCGCUUUAUCGCCAAGGCCCUGCUUGUCGGCACCUAGCCUCUUCGGACUAGUCUCUGCUCCUUGCACUGCAAGUACCUCGUGCACCAUUCAAGACGUCACUAGUAGCCAUCAUUCAUUUUAUACUGUGACCACCAUGCCCGAAGUCAAUAACAAGGUCUGUCUGAUCGUUCAUGAUGGGUGGGGAAUCGCUCCAGAGAAAGGCAUGAAAGGUGAUGCCAUCGAUGCAGCAGACACCACCAACAUGGAUACCAUCGCCAAAAAUCAUUCCUAUCGCACCCUCUUUGCGCACGGAAACGCUGUCGGUUUGAACGAUGGGCUCAUGGGCAACUCUGAAGUCGGACAUCUCAACAUCGGUGCAGGCCGCAUUGUGUGGCAAGAUAUCGUCAAGAUCGAUGUAUCCAUUGCCAAAAAGCAGUUCCACAAGAAUGAGACGAUCCUUGCGAGCAUGAAGCAUGCCAAGGAUGGAAAUGGCCGUCUUCAUCUCCUUGGUCUGGUUUCGGAUGGCGGUGUGCAUUCUCACAUCAGACAUCUCAAGGCACUCUUGGAGACUGCGAAAGAAUCUGGCGUCCCCCACACUUACGUCCACUUUUUCGCUGACGGUCGUGACACCGCUCCUCGCUCAGCGAAGGGUUAUGCACAAGAGUUACUGGACUUCAUGAAAGAAAUAGAGUACGGUACACUUGCCACAGUUGUUGGCAGAUACUACGCCAUGGACCGCGACAAGCGUUGGGAGCGCAUCAAGAUCGCUAUUGAUGGCCUCGUCCGCGGCGAGGGCGAAGAAGGUAAAGACGUCCUCGAAAAGAUCGAGGAGAGGUACAAAAAGGAUGAGACUGAUGAGUUCCUGAAACCCAUUAUCGUCAAUGGGGACGAGGGACGCAUCAAGGAUGGCGAUACCCUCUUUUUCUUCAACUACCGCUCAGAUCGGAUGCGUGAGAUCGCAACCGUCAUCGGACUCCCAGACAAGCCCAUGGAAAUAGAUGUCCCUAAAGACCUGCACAUUACCACCAUGUCCCGUUACAAUGCUGAGUUCCCAUUCCCGGUAGCCUUUCCCCCGCAAGCCAUGACCAACGUCCUGGCCGAGUGGCUUUCCAAACAAGGCGUAUCCCAAGCGCAUAUCGCAGAGACCGAAAAAUACGCCCAUGUUACAUUCUUCUUCAACGGUGGGGUCGAGAAGCAGUUCCCUGCAGAGGAGCGCUACAUGAUCGCGUCUCCCAAAGUCGCUACAUACGACAAGCAGCCAGAGAUGAGCGCCCAAGGUGUUGCCGACAAAGUUGCCGAGGUGGUCAAGAGCAAGAAGUACGAGUUCGUCAUGUGCAACUUCGCACCGCCCGACAUGGUUGGCCACACGGGUGUGUACGAGGCUGCAGUGGAGGCUAUCACUGCUACUGAUAAGGCCGUCGGAACGGUCUACGACGCGUGUGUUGAAGCUGGAUACGUUUUACUUAUCACUGCCGACCACGGAAAUGCGGAGCAAAUGAUCAACUUGGAGACGGGCGCCCCUCACACCGCACACACUACCAAUAAGGUGCCUUUCAUCAUGACAGGCGAGGGCCUCGAGUUUGUGAGUGAUGAAGACAGUGAAGAACAAGAGGGAGGUGCACUUGCUGAUGUUGCACCCACUGUGUUGGCGAUCAUGGGCCUACCGCAGCCUGAAGAAAUGACUGGGCGCUCGUUACUGAAGAAAUAGAUCGAGUAGACGACAACGUAGACGAAGAUUUGGAAAGAUACCGUCACUGUAGAAAUAACAAUAACACAUCACCCCACCAUCCUCUAAAGAAGUUGGUAUGCUUGAGCUGCCAGUGACUCCUGAGAUUGCCACUAUAGAGGGAAACACAACGUACCCUAAGA